ACCUACAAAGCAAGCGCUGUCUGUUUGACAGAGGAACGGGACGACAGAUAGAUUAAUAAAGAUUAAAGUGCUGCAAAGUGAACAUGCAAACCGACCCGCUCCGUUAACCCUUCCUGCUCCUGCAGCUGCUGGCGGGAUCCGCAGCGCACCAUGCCGGCUCUGCUCCCCUCUCUGCUGCAGGACAGCGGGGCGUGCACACCACUCCAGUGCCCAGAGCAGCAGCGCGGGCUGGGCCCCUGGGCGAGGCCAACGGCGCCACGGCUGGUGGGCUCCUUGGCCAGCUGCUGCCCGGCCCUGGCGAUGGGAGGCGGCAGGUGGCCCCCCAAGUGAGUGGGCGCCACCCUCUCUGCGUGGGAGCGAGCGAGCCGGGGGGAGGAUGUUGCAGUGUCUCUCCGAGGGGCUGCUGGUGCUGGGGGCUGCUCUGCUCUGGCAGCCCUGCCAGGGCACCUGGAGCUGCGGGGAGCUGACCUGCGGCGAGCGGGAGAGCUGCUGUGACUACGGCAAUGUCACCUACACGGAGAUCAAGUGCUGCAAGCUGCCCUUUCACACCUUCCUGGACAACGUGGGCUGGUUCGUGCGCAAGCUCUCGGGGCUGCUCAUCCUGCUGGUGCUCUUCGCCAUCGGCUACUUUCUGCAGCGCAUCAUCUGCCCCAGCCCCCGCCGGUACAACCGGCCGCAGCGCCAGGACUCACCCGGCUCCCUGCUCAACGUGACGGCUGCCACCUCGCAGGACUCGCUGCUGGACACCAGCAGCGCCAGCAGCAGCCGCUACCCGGGCGAGCAGGAGCCGCCGCUGCUGCCGGUGGGCUCCCCGGUCUUCCUGCAGCUGCCCAGCUACGAAGAGGUGAAGUAUUUACCCACCUACGAGGAGUCCAUGCGGCUGCAGCAGCAGAGCCCCAAAGAGAUCGUCCUGCCCGUGUCCAGCCUGGCCACGGCCGCAAGCAGAGAGCCAGACAGGGCGGGAGACAGAGCCCCCUGCAGCUGAGCCCCCCACCCCGAGAGCUGCGGGUCCCCGCGGGGGAACAGAGGGAGCCCAAGAUGCCCAGAGGGGAGAGACUAGCCCAGAGGGGAGAGACUAGCCCAGUGCUGCGCCGAUGCACAGACACCCCCUGCAGCAUCGCAACAAGGACUUCCAGUCCCUUCUGCGAGCAGCCGCUUUGUACCUUUCCUUUCCCUCGCAAGCCAAACAGCCCGGCUGCUGCUGGGCGCGGGGCAGGAGCGGAGACUUUCCCCCACCACCGCCUGAACUUCUUACCCGGGCUCGGUUCGCUCAGGGAAGCAAGGUGCAGCCGCCGCAGCCCCUUCUGCCCCACCCUAGCCUUCUUGUCCCUUAUUCGUAACUGAUAUGUCGUAAGUGCCUGGUUACUAGAGCAUCCGUCCCGUUUACUGGGGAUUAGGCGUUAAGUUAGACACACCUGCUGACACUCUAAACAUCGGGUCUGGUUUCUCACAGGAAUAACGUGUGUGUUGCUCCCUUCCUCGGGCAGAUUAAAACCUGAAAGGGAUCAAAUGUGAUUUACUUUGCGACAGGCUCAGCGUUUGUGCUCCAGAGCUGGAGGGCAAAGAGAGCGGAGAGCUUUUUAACACGUUGGGUCAGCUUUGUAAAUCCUGCAAGAUCCCAGUCACUCAGCGCCAGGGAGAGAGUAGGCAUGGGGCGAGACGGUAAAUACACGUAGCAUGGAGUAAUAUUAUUUCUGUUCAGAAGCUUGGGAUGACUGUACAAUGUAUAGCAGCCCCCUGACAGGGCAUCCCACCUAGAAAAACAUGAUCCCUGCCUGGUGCCUGUUCCAUUGCAUUAUAAACCUUUCUGAGCAGUGAGAGCUAAGUCCAUUUGGUUACUGUACAGGUCUUUAUCUGCAAGGAAAAGCUCAAUAUUGUAAACAGAACACCCUAUCCCUGAUAAGGUGCAGUUCCACUCUAAACCCAUAAAAGGUAAUUACUUUCUCCAUUUUUUCCUUGUAUUUGUAGAGUCUAUAAUUAAGCAAUAAUUCCAAUGGAAAGCGCACUUCCUGUUAGUUAAGGACGAACUGGCCCUUGCCUACUGCUGCUGGUCACUUAUUUUCUUGCAUCUCAAUUUUCAACCCAGUUCUUCUUUCUGUUUGAACCUUUCGGAAGGGCAGAAUAGGCUUAUAGCAAAAUGAAAUAUAAAGAGAACAUAUGGAAUAAGAUGGAAUGUAAGAAAGUGAAGUUUGUGACAUCACAAGUGAUUUGAUAACUUGUCAAUUUCACAUGUUGAGGAAAAUACUGGGUUCUGGUUGUAGCACUAGAUCCGAACCUUUCCAGCAUCAAUAUGCAUGUGCUAUAAUUUUAGACAUGCUUACAACACAUGUGGAUAUGCAUUAUAGAACUCUCAUAUUUCUCAAAAUCUGUAUAACUAGCAGGAUGUAAUUCACAGGAUAUGUGCAAACUAACAACAAUAUAAAUUGGGACUGAUCUUGCCUUCUUGAUUGUCUCAAAACUCCCACUGAUGGCAGUGGUAGUCCUGAGAGCACAAGGAUUGCAGGACUGGGCCCAUUCAUUCUUCAUCCUGCAGCAAUCACAGACUCUGCUUACUUUAAAAAAUGCCCUCAGAACAUCUUACAAAAUAGCUCACCUCUAUGUGUUAUACACAAACUUUUGGCCUCACUAAGACCUUGGGCUCUAUCUUGCUCUCAUUUAGGUCAGUGGUAAAAGUCCUUUGGGCUCCAAUUAGAGCUGAAUCAGACUUCUGUGUGGACCUGUGGCUUAGUCACUAGCUAAUGAUGUAGUCAUCAUAUUAAAAAAAAAGUAAAGAAAAGAAAACCAAAGCCUGAUGUACAUAGAGUAUAAAUUGUAUCCUUCUGUGGAGCAUCUUUCAAAUGAGCAGGGAGAUGAUGUAUUGAGAUCUAUACCAGAUGUAAUGUUAUUUAUGACAUUUAUCCCCAUGAGCGGAGAAAGGAGGAAUAACUCCAUAAAUGAAGCAACCCCUCAUGAGUGAAGAUAAAUUCCAUGAAAGGUUAGUCACUGUAUAGCACAUUUUUCUGCCAUUGGUUUCAAGACAAAUUGCUUUAGAAAAAAGUUGUGAAGCAAAAUAAAAUUGAAAUAUGCUGGAAAA